AUGGCUGCAGAUAAAAUCCGAGCUGCAGAGUCGGCACUUGAGGCCAAACGGAUUGGCAACCUAAUCACGACAUCCGACACCUGGAUUUCCACACAGGUGGAAGUAAUGGAGGAAAUAAUUACGAAAAAAUCGGAACAAGUAGAGGACUUCCGUGACUCUCUCGAAAAUUCACCCAAAAAUGUCGUGUUUGCCGAAACAACUUACGACGAUUUUUGGGCCACAGGUCUCAAUCUUAACCAAUCCAAGCAUUCAAAACCCACAGCAUGGCCAGGCAAAAAUGUCCUGGGACAGAUUCUUGGACGCAUAGCCACGGAAAUAAAGAAAAAUCCGAAAAACAGGGCCAGAUCAGGGCUACCUCGCCCAGCUACACAUAAUAAAUAA